ACCAGCAGCGGCUUGGUGGUGCUGCACGAGGCCGAAGGCAGCGGCGCUUCGCCUACGGCGUCCGACCGGGUGGUGGUGCACUACGAGGGGAGGAACGCGGACGGGAUCGCCUUCGACUCGUCGUACGCGCGCGGCGACCCGGCCACUUUCGCUGUGGGAGGUGUGAUCCCCGGCUGGACCGAGGGUCUGCAGCUGAUGCGUGUGGGCGGCAAGGCGCGGCUCACGAUCCCGUCGCACCUCGGCUACGGCGACAAGGGGUCUCCGCCCAAAAUCCCCGCCAAGGCGACGCUCGUCUUCACCGUGGAGCUGCUCGGCGUCGAGUGA